UAUAUAUUAAUUUCCUAGAUACACUACCCCAGGUAACCCUGCUUGUUGCAAAAUUUCACAAUAGCCUCUCCACCGCUGCCAAUUUUCUUUCUCUAGAUUCUAGUGUGAGAAAAUCUGUACAAAAUGAGAACCUUCUGCAAAACCCAGACCACGAAAGUUAAAGAUAAGGUGGUCAAAGUCUUCUAAAUUCCCAUAAAGGGCAGCAAAUGUUAGGACCCAACAGAAAAAUUCUAUCUUUUUAAGGUUUGAGUGUGUAAUCGUUGGAAAUUAUGGUGGUUCCUGGAGCUGUUGGAGCAGGACGUGUAGGUUCUGGUGCUGGGGGAACCAAUAGUCCAACUGUGGGGGGCUCCUGCUGGGACGUAAAUUUGAAGAGCUUGUUUAGGUGGAGAUGGGAGUAUCAACAGCACUUGCUUCAUCACAGAUUUCUGUCGUCUGGGUUGGUGUUCUUUUUGUGCGGCUUGGUUUUGUAUGGAUCGAUUGGUAUGGUGUAUGGGUGGCUUAUGUUUAAUAAGCCUUAUGUGGGUGCUGGUGGGGUUGUUGGAUUGAACUCGGUUGGUUGUCAAGAGGACAAUGAGGGUUCAUGGUCAAUUGGUCUUUUCUAUGGUGACUCUCCCUUCUCUUUGAAGCCAAUUGAAACCAUGAAUUUUUGGAAAAAUGAAAGUGCAGCCUGGCCAGUGGCUAACCCAGUUAUCACCUGUGCCUCGGUCUCAGAUUCUGGUUUUGCCAGUAAUUUUGUUGCUGAUCCUUUUCUCUAUGUUCAGGGAGAUACUCUUUACCUAUUUUAUGAAACUAAGAAUUCAAUAACCAUGCAAGGAGAUAUUGGAGUUGCAAAAAGUACUGAUAAUGGAGCAUCGUGGCAGCAAUUGGGCAUUGCCUUGGAUGAGGAGUGGCAUCUCUCUUAUCCCUAUGUAUUUAACCAUCUUGACAAAAUAUACAUGAUGCCUGAGGGCAGUUCAAAGGGUGAGCUCCGUCUUUAUCGAGCAGUUAAUUUUCCACUGCAAUGGACACUGGAGAAAAUCCUUAUGAAAAAGCCACUUGUUGAUUCCUUCAUCAUAAAGCAUGAUGGAGAAUAUUGGCUUUUCGGUUCAGACCACAGUGGUUUUGGAACAAAGAAAAAUGGACAGCUGGAAAUCUGGCAUAGCAAUUCACCACUUGGUCCUUGGAAACCACACAAGAAGAAUCCAAUUUAUAAUAUCGACAGAAGCUUGGGAGCUAGAAAUGGAGGCAGACCAUUUUUGUACAAGGGAAAUCUUUAUCGUAUUGGUCAGGAUUGUGGUGAAACAUAUGGACACCGAGUGCGAGUCUUCAAGGUGGAAGUUCUUACCAAGGAUGAUUAUAAAGAAGUUGAAGUCUCCAUGGACUUUGAAGAGCCCAAAAAGGGACGGAAUGCUUGGAAUGGUGCUCGUUACCAUCAUCUUGAUGUGCAGCAAUUAAGUUCUGGUAAAUGGAUUGGGGUUAUGGAUGGUGACCGAGUACCGUCUGGAGACUUGGUCCAUCGAUUUUUUAUUGGCUGUGCUUCACUUGCAGCAGUUGCUGCCAUUGUUGUGGUCUUGGGUUUGCUGCUAGGAGCUGUGAAAUGUAUUAUUCCGCUCAACUGGUGUGCUUAUUACUUGGGGAAGAGGAGUGAUACUCUCUUGGUCUGGGAAAGGUCAAAUGCAUUUUCUUCAAAGGUAAGAAGGUUUUGUGGUCGCUUGAACAGAGCAGCUUCAUCUCUCCGCACAAAAAUAAGGCUUAAUACUUGGGCUGGAAGAUUGGUUUUGGCUGCGAUAUUUACUGUUGGAAUUGCACUAACUUUUACAAGCAUUAAAUAUAUCUAUGCAGGCAAUGGUGCUGAGGAACCUUAUCCAUUAAAGGGUUCCUACUCUCAGUUCACUCUGUUGACAAUGACAUAUGAUGCUCGCCUCUGGAACUUGAAAAUGUAUGUUAAGCAUUACUCAAGGUGUUCUUCGGUUAAAGAGAUUGUUGUGGUUUGGAAUAAGGGUACACCCCCCAAAUUGAGUGAUCUGGACUCUGUGGUGCCUGUUAGGAUCAGAGUAGAAAAAAAGAAUUCGUUGAACAAUCGGUUCAGAAAGGAUGAUUUGAUAAAGACUCGUGCUGUACUUGAGCUGGAUGACGACAUUUUGAUGACUUGUAAUGACAUUGAACGAGGAUUCAAUGUAUGGCGCCAACAUCCAGACCGGAUUGUCGGGUACUAUCCCCGACUCAUUAGUGGAACUCCAUUGAAAUACAGAGGUGAGAAAUAUGCCCGAAAACAUAAAGGUUAUAACAUGAUUCUUACUGGGGCAUCAUUCUUAGACAGUAAGUUAGCUUUUGAGAUGUAUUGGGGUGAGGAAGCUAAGGUAGGGAGGGAAAUGGUGGACAUACAUUUUAACUGUGAGGAUGUGCUAUUGAAUUACUUGUAUGCAAAUGCAAGUAGAUCUAGUACAGUUGAAUAUGUGAGACCAACAUGGGCAAUAGAUACAUCAAAAUUCUCUGGUGCUGCAAUUAGCCGAGAUACGCAAGGACAUUACAAGAUUCGAAGUAAUUGCCUUAAGAAAUUUUCUGAGAUAUAUGGAAGUUUAAGUCAUCGGAAAUCAGAAUUUGACCAGUGAAAAGAUGGCUGUGAUUUAUAGUGCAAAGCUAAUUCUAGAAGCAAGUUGGUUAGUUUCAUUCCUGUUAUAGAUUAUAGGAAGUAAAUAUAUUAAUAUAGGAAGUAAAUAUUGAUAGAUUGGUUAGUUACUUAAUCUUAGGGAUUGUAUAAUCAUAAAUUUGAUUUUCUUUUUUUUUUUUGAUAUCGUCUUUUAUAUAUAAAUAGGAUGUAAUCUUUAUCAUGAAAUACAACAACAAAAUAUUAUCUUUCUA